CGCAGUGAACGUUGACAACCGCGAUGAGCAAGACGAGGAUGGGACUGAUGAGAGAUAACGAAAGAUGAUGAAGGCGGUGUCGAGCAGCAGAGUGAGAGAGCUUCAAGCUAUGCUAUUUCCGAUCCAGCCCAUCCCAGGUGGCAUGCUUUCUGAUCUAACGCCACAAGAACCGCCGCAAGUAUCUCAGCUUGAACAUUACGAUAACUCGAUUCUGAGACGGGAUGUGAAAUCGGCGCUGUUCGCGAUACCCCUAAAUUUGUCUAGGCAUCGAUACUCCUCGAAGGAAACUCUUAGGGCGGUUCUCGAUGCGCGGUGCAUCGUCGACGGAAGUAUUCAGGAAGCGGCCAGGUGGCCAACCGAAUGUCAGGUAAUCCCAGAACGAAUUCGCCACAUAGAAUACAAUUCUGCUAUCCCGGAAGCCUUUUAUGUUCCAACAGGAAAGGAACCAAGACCUAAGCCGAUCGGCGACGAGCUUGGAACGGUGAUAUUUCGUUAUUGUCCAACCAAUGUUACUAAUUAUUUUAGCCGAUCUUGCGUGGGCGGUAGCACAGUAUUACCGUUUCCGGCGGAGUUUCCCGAGGAAUCGACCACGUGCACUGUAGAUACUAAGGAUGCCGCUAACGAGAACAAUAUUUAUUUUGUCGCCGAAGCGUCUCGAUCAAAAGAGGACAGUACGGAUUUGCAAUUCGAGUCGCGAUUCGAAUCGGGAAAUCUCGGCAAAGUAGUGAAAAUAACUGAUACGUACUAUCAGCUCUAUCUAAGAAGGGAUCUCUACACUCAGAGGCAUACGCAAUGGUACUAUUUCAAAGUAUCCAAUACGAGAAGCAGAAUUACGUACAGAUUCUCGAUCGUGAAUAUGUGCAAAGAAGAGAGCCUCUAUAACGAAGGCCUCAAGCCUCUUCUCUAUUCUACGGAGGAUGCUCGCACACGAUCCGUAGGAUGGAGAAGAUGCGGCGACAAUAUCGCAUAUUACCGAAACAACGAUUCAUCAAGCGACGAGGAGAAGGAGAAACAUACAUUAACGUUCAAUAUCUCAUUUCCUUACGAUCACGAUAUCGUUUACUUGGCACAUUGCUAUCCGUAUACAUACACCGAUCUCCAGGAGUAUCUCGGCAAAAUCGUGGCCGAUCCCGCGAAAACGAGGUUCACCAAGCUGCGUUUGCUGUGCCGCAGCCUGGCCGGAAACAGCGUGUAUUACUUGACGAUCACCGCACCGAUACCCGACGAAGAGGUGCGAAGAAAGAGGGGCGUCGUUAUCACGGCCCGAGUGCAUCCUGGUGAGACGCCGUCGAGUUGGACGAUGAAAGGAAUCAUCGACUUCCUCACGGGCGACACGAACCGGGCUAGAGAGCUCAGGGAGAGAUUCGUCUUCAAAUUAGUGCCAAUGUUGAAUCCUGACGGUGUCAUAGUGGGUAAUAAUCGAUGUUCCCUAUCUGGUAAAGACUUGAACCGACAAUACAGAACUGUGAUGCGAGAAAGCUAUCCGUCCGUGUGGCAUACAAAGUUGAUGAUACGGAGGCUCCUCGAGGAAUGCGGAGUGGCUAUAUAUUGUGACCUUCACGCUCACUCGAGAAAGCAUAAUAUAUUCGCUUACGGUUGUGAGAGCAAAAGAGCCGGAUGCAACGGAAGAUUAUCGGAACAAGUAUUUCCGCUGAUGCUCCAUAAAAAUGCAGCUGACAAGUUUUCUUUCGAAAAUUGCAAAUUCCACGUUGAGAAAGGAAAGGAAGGUACGGGUAGAGUGGUCGUAUGGUCGAUGGGCGUUCAGAACAGUUACACCAUGGAAGCAUCUAUGGGUGGUUCCAAGAUUGGCUCAAGAUGCGGAACUCACUUUUCAGCUCAGGACUACGAACAGAUUGGCAAGGCUUUCUGCGAGACUCUACUCGAUUUUUCCGAUCAGGAUCCAAUGAAGGAAAAACUUCGAAAUAAGAUCAUAGCCAGAUUGACCAAAGAAGGGUCCAGCGCCGAGGAGCCUACCAAUAUCGAUUUGACAGAUUACUCAAGUGACGAAGGAGACAUCUCGCAGGAGAGUUUCACAUCGGAGGAGGAAAGAAUCGAGUACGCGGAUGCUGCGUGGUCCAGCGAAGGCGGAGAGUUCCUCGCGGGUGGCUGUCGGUAUCUUUGCGCGCCUCCACCAUCGCCGACUUUCGUUCCACCGAGAAGUGUCGGUCUUUACAGAAGGAGAGCGAGAAGGGACGUCGCGGGAAGAAUAUAUCUGGAGCGCAGAAGAAACCUAACGCAACGUACAGUAAUGGACUUGCCGACCACGGAUCCAGGUAGCGAUUUAUGUGAUUUAACCGAUUCGGCUGAUGAAAGUUUCGUAAAGAGCGAAGGAAGGGAAUACGACGUUGCAUGGAGAAACAUGCGAGAGCAUCGUAAAGAGAUUAUCGAAUUUUCUGAGAGAGAGACGGACGAAAGAGAUGAAAGACAACGGAAUAAAACACUGACUCUACCGGAAAUCGUGAGACCUCGCAGUGUAUCUUACGGGGAACUAUUGCCGUGCAAAGAUUAUCGGAGGACUCGCCAACGAUCGCGAUGUCUUGGAACAAUAAAAAAUCCGUCAGCGGUAUCGCCGACGAAUCGAGAUGCGAGAAUCAAGCUAACAUCAUUGAGGAGACAGAUUUGGACAGGUGUACCGUCUGUCGCGGAGGGCGAUACUACGGGACGUCUCACCCAUGCAUUCGUUAAGACACCUUUAAGUUGGGGUGUUUCCAGAUACGCUCCGACGCACUAUCCCACGGACGAAGAAGUCACGCUAAAACAGACACAGUCCAAGAAAGUACAAUUGCUCGUUUACGAUGAAGAUAAAGAUGACGUCAGGAAGACGCGGAAGAAAUCGCGGCGGAAAGGGCGACAGGGGGGCGUCGCGAAGAACGCGUGCCAGCUGAAGACAUGCGCGCAAACGGACGGGCAGAAGACGUCGAAGAAAAAGAAUUCGAAACUCGAUUGGCAACGGGCGAUAAACUUCGAUUCUAGGAUGAAAGAUGCGAGGAGGGUAAAAAUCUCUUCCUCUUUUCUAACUAUCGAGGCGGAUUCGUUGAAACUGCUAGCAGCGUCGACUACGUCACCGAAGAGCUCACAAUGGAAGCUCGAACAGCGCCGGAAAUUCCGCGGCGUCGGCACGGUGGCCACCACCUGUGUCGGUGCAAAGGCGAAACCGCCGCGAUCAUGCCACCGUGACGCUUUCUGCGAGAGCACGACGUCGGAUGACGUUUCGUCGGACUCGGGUAAGCCAAAGGUCACGAAAACGAAGCAAAAGAAAAAGAAGCAACAGCAGCAGCAGCAACAGCAGCAGCAGCUGCUGAGAAAAUCGGCGGUGAAUAGAGGAACAGAGAAGAUUAAACGCGCCUCCAGCGCAAAAACUAUGCGCAAUAACAUUUGAAGUUUAUUUUAGACAAUUACACUAGUUACAAGAAAACUUUUUUUUUAUUUCAUUAAAAAAUAUCCGCAUUAUUUUUCGAGCGAAUGAGUUCUAAGCUUUAUCUCAAUAUCGGAA